CUGCCUCUCUCCACUCUGCGUGCACCAUGGCGCCUCCACCACUAGUGCUGGCGGCGGCCUGUGCGCUGCUCGCGGUGGCCGGCCAGGCCGCAGCCCCACGGCCGCGCCGCGCCGCGCUGCUGUACUUCACGCAGCACCCGACGGGCACCAGCUCGAGCUCCAGGACGACGGGCGGCGCCAGCAGCUCCUACUACGCCACCGGGCUGUCGGCGCCCUCCGGCCCGGAGCUGGCGCUGCCGCCGCCGCCGCCAGCCGACCCCAACCCGCCGACGCUGCCCAUCACCGCGCCGUCGCUGGGCUUCCCGGCGUCGGGCUUUGCGCCGAGCGGCUACGCGGCGCCCCCCGCGCCCGCGCCGCCCUCCGGCCCGGGAAGCCUGACGCCGCCGGAGCUGGUGCCGCCCGAGCAGCUGCUCAACUCCCCCGACAGCCCCUACGGCAACGUGCCGCCGCCGCCGCCGCCGCCCCCGGGACCCGCCCCACCCUUCACCGUCAACCGCGCCCGCGGCCUCACCUACGAGUCGGCGCCCCAGGCGCCGCCAAUGCGAAGCUCGUACGCGCCGUCGCAGCGCAUCAGCUACGGCCGCCAGGGCGUCCUCGCCAGGGUCGGCUACACCGCGCCUCCCAUCGCGGUCGCGGCGCCCGCGCUGCUCUUCACCAGCGCCAAGGACGGCGGCCUGGCCGACGCCCAGGACGGCCCAUCACCCUACGACGCCUACGUGUCGCCCUACACGCCGUCACCCUACGCACCGUCGCCGUACUCGGCUCCGUACCCGCCGUCGCCGUACUCGGCCCCGUACUCACGGCCACCGUACCCGCAGCCGCAGCCGUCGCCGCCGCCCCCGCCGCGCGGCGGCCGGCUGUUCCGCCCCAGCCCCCUGGACCCCACCAUCCCGGCGACGGCACCAGGGCCGGCCCCACUCUUCACGCCGCUCCGGGACCCGCCGCCGCCCGCCCGCAACACGGCCGACCCCGCGCCCGUGCGCUUCGAGCAGAACUUCAACGCCCCGCCCGUGUCGCCCAUCCUGCUGGUCAGGAACCGGCCGGCGGCGGACCCGUACUACCAACUCUCCAGCAACUACCUGCGGCGGUAGUCCUCGCGGCAGCAGGCACGAGCAGCAGCAGCCGUCCGCCCGGAAAGAGUUGUCGCCGCGCGGUAUCACCGCGGCCUCGCGACAGCCCCUCCCGCGGACUCGACGGGGCUGUUCGUCUCGCCGCCUCCCGCCCGGGCCGCGGGUCCCGCGUGCAGCUGGAGCGGACUGCCGCGCCGGGGCGCCGGAAACGCGCAUCGCAUUGCCUGUGAUUGAUUGUCUCGCCAAGAGCGGCGCCGACCGCGCCAACCAAAAUGAUCACCAGAAACGCAAAUUUAGAGACGGAAAAAAUUAUACCAACCAAACCGCAGCAUUGAGAAAUUUGCCAGCUUGGAAAAGUUAUUCUGGUAUAAAUAAGGCAAAGCUAUGUUCGUUGUAAAUGAUACACAGCGGUUGGUUUGCUUUCAUUGAGAUUUAAUGGCUUUAGAUCUAUUUUUAGGAUGAAAAUCAUCCCUACGUUGUGUGGUGCGUGGGUGGUAUUUGUAAGUUCACCAAAACGACACUCUUGUAAUGCUAUUGCCUAAAGAACUGAGAACAAUCAGAGUCGUGGGUGUUACGGACUCGAUGGGUGCCAUUUUGAAAAGUGAAUAUGUGGCCUCCUCGUCAAUUUGUGUGGUCUACUAAAAAUGAAUUUUUAUCAUAAUUCGCCAUUUCGAUUACCAAAAAGAUAGUCGCUAGUAAGGUUGGUCAAAAUGUCCUGUUCUGUGUUGCAGCUAGAUUUGCACCCAGAAAAUUACAAUGUAAAAUAGCGACCGAUUGUAAAAUAUAGUCCAAUCCUUGUCUGUUUCCUACUCGUAACAGAUAUAUAGUUUUGUAACGAUAAGAAAACGGCUGUUUUACCAAAAGGGCGUCUACCAGGAACACGACCAAAAAUUGUGAACCUGCAAGAUCGUAUGCCAAAAUAAGUUACCUACUCAUCUUUGUUAGUUCUCUUUUUCAUACUGAUUUGUAAUUUGUAAAUUUUACCUUGUGUAGUUUAUGAAAUAAAAAUAAAUAAAGGG